GCUGGACACCCCUGACCACCAUGUGGCUAACGCCAGUGCUCGUACCCAUCUCAAUCUGUCCUUUUUAACUUCCACCGCCUAGACAGACAGUAUUAUGUCUAAAGAGAAACAGAGAUAUCCCAAAAUUCAAAGCUAAAGAAAAAAUUAUACCAAUAACAGCUCCCAUAUAUCCUUCUCUACAAACAAUUCCUACUUUUUAUAUACACACAUUCGAAUCUUAUCUGACAAAGUGGAAAUGGGCGUCGCUGCCAACAGAUCGACGCCUUUGCUUUACAUCUAUUGGCGGGCGCACGCACACACACUACGCCGGUGGUCCGUCUGCUACUGGCAUAUCCAUAAUCCAUAUAUAAAGUUCAGGUGCAUCGACUCUGGCAAGACACCAGCUAACCAGCAUCUUGAUAUAGAUAUUUCAAGCAGGACACCCAAUUUCCAUGGAUACGCUACUUUAUCAGAGGACCCACCUAAUUGGUCUGCACCAAUCAAAUAUCUUCACUAUUCUACAUUUGCCCUAGACACGUGUCCUUUCUUCACCCCUAUCACUGUGCUGUAA